AGCAACCCAAUAUUCUCAAUCGGGAGUACCUUUAUCUACGGUUCCAUUGCUUCUAAAUUGAUUGAAAUUUGAUCACGACUUGUUGGUAAAAUGGCAAAAGUCCGACCUUCCCCGAUUGAGUCCCUAGAGGCCUACAAGCACAUUUCUCCAGACUCAGGGGAGCCAACUGCGAUCCACCCCAACUACAACCCCAAAAUCAAGGCCCAUGUUCCCCAGGACCUCCCUCACAAAGAGUUUACACCCCCGAAAGACCGGGGGUCCUACGCUGAUCCAGAGAAGAAGGCAUUGUUCGCUGUUGCGACACCCGCUGAUGUGACUGAAAGCAUUGGCACGGAGCUCAAGAAUGUUCAAUUGAGCCAAUUAGAUACGAAGCAGUUGGAUGAGCUUGCUGCACUUGUCAAUGAACGCGGUGUGGUCUUCUUCCGAGACCAAGACUUGACAACUGAGAGGCAAGUUGAGAUCUUUGAGCAUUUUGGAGUUUUGGACACGCACCCCACUCAAAAAGAUACGAAGCAUUUCAUUGUUGGAGGAAACAAUGCAGAUUGGCGGACGCUUUUGAAGUAUACUCCAUGGCCAAUGUCGGACUUCCAUUCUGAUACGAGCUAUGAGAUCAACCCCCCAAGCUAUUCUCUCCUUCGUAUGGAGGAGCAUCCUGCUGUUGGCGGAGACACGGCGUGGGUGUCUGGGUAUGGUCUUUAUGAUGAGCUUAGCCCUCACAUGCAAAAGCUUCUAGAAGGGUUGCAUGCUGUGCACACCUCGCGUUUGCAAUACGAUACCUUGAUUGACUACUUCGGCGAUGAACCCCGCCGUCCACCAAUGGAUACACAUCAUCCUGCGAUUCGCACGCACCCUGUCACUGGCCUAAAGUCGCUCAAUGUCAAUCUCGUUUACUGCACUGGCUUUGCCGAGUUGAAGAAGGCGGAGUCAGAUGCUCUCCUCCAAUUCCUGACCCUGCUUAUUCACAGUUCGGAUGACCACUAUGUCAGAUGGAAGUGGCAACCAGGAAGUAUCGCCUUAUGGGAUAACAGAUCAAGUCUUCAUCGGAUCAUACCAGGAAACUACCAGUCCGGUAUAAGGAGAGGUAUCAGAACGACUGUCUUUGGGGAGAAACCAUUCUAUGACCCGAAGAGUGAAGGCCGGAUGCAGAGAGAAGAGCGACUUAUUGCUGAGAGCAAGAAAUGAUCUCGGCAUGGCGUGCCUACAAAUGGUACAAAGCUUCUGGUCGUAAUCCAUAGUUUUGAUAUCUAGCCAUAGAUUGAAAAUCUUAUAUAGCUC